UUUAACUUUUUUUAAGUCGCCAAAACUAGCUGCUCGAUAAGAUAAAAAAAAGAAAAUUUUCUCUAUUUAUGAUAAUUCAUCAUGAACAAGGGUUAAAGUCCGACCCUUCCCUCUGACUAACAUGACCGGAAGUAGCGGUUUUUUUUCUGGACGGAAGAUAGCAGUCAGUCAGAUAAGUUAGAUUCAGCUCCUCCGGCGAGUUGGAGCUCGUUUAACUUCGUGUUUCUGUGUUUUAUUUUUUAUUUUUACGUCAGCGAAGCGGAACCAACAGCCUGCGAGGUUCCCGUUAGCUGCGCAGCCGCGACGGGAACUGCUAAAUAACUUAACAGCGAAGUUGACGCUAGCCCGGUGGGUGGAAUAACGGACUAGCCAGUUAGCUUUCGCCAGCACUUCCAACACCGAGCAGCGGUCAAUAAUUAACUGGGCAACGAGUGUUGAAAUGUGUUUUUUCUCACUGGGGGCUCGCUCGCUCUCUCGGAGGGGUUUGUUGGCUCCUUUCUCCGUGAGGCUAAACGACAACUUAGCUUAGUUUUAAGAUGGCUAGCUGUUACUGCUCGUAAGGAGAGAGAGAGGGGGAAAGCGCCGCGUCUCUUCUCGGGUUUUCGCGUUCCUGAGCCGAGGCGGGUAUGGUCGCUUGGAGGAAAUAGCCCGGUGGUAAAUCCAGCUGCUAUGCUUUAUGUGCCGCCGCCGCUCUUGCUGCUGCUGGUCGAGGUGCUGCCACGCUGAUUAACCGCAGGACACCCGAUCCAGCAUGAAGGCCCUGGGCUCCAGAUUCUCCUUUUAUGCGGGCUUCGUGGUGGGCACCUUCGUCCUGUACGUGUUCCUGCGGCAGGUGUGGUAUGAGGAGACCCCGCAGGCCGAUGGCUACGGGAGCCUGGGCGGCCGACGACAACAGAUGGACGAAGACGAGGGCAUCUGGAAGAAGGAGAGGUCGGCUCUGUUUAACCUGGACCAUCCUCAUCACAGAGGCGAGGAUAGCCACAUGGCCGACGAGCUCUACAACAAGGUGCGCGUCCUCUGCUGGGUGAUGACCGGUCCCAACAACCUGGAGAAGAAGGCCCGGCACGUCAAGCACACCUGGAGUCGCCACUGCAACAUCGUCGUCUUCAUGAGCUCGGUGGACGACCCCGACUUCCCCACGGUGGGCCUCGGCACGAAGGAGGGCCGCGAUCAGCUGUACUGGAAGACCAUCAGGGCCUUCCACUACGCCUACGAGCAUCACGCCAGCGAGGCGGACUGGUUCCUCAAGGCGGACGACGACACCUACGUGAUCGUGGACAACCUGCGCUGGGUCCUCGCCAACCACACGCCCGACGAGCCCAUCUACUUCGGCCGCAGGUUCAAGCCCUACACCAAGCAGGGCUACAUGAGCGGCGGCGCGGGCUACGUGCUGAGCAGGGAGGCGCUGCGGCGAUUCGUCGAGGGUUUUAAGAACAAGGUCUGCACCCACACCACCUCCGUGGAGGACCUGGCCAUGGGACAGUGCAUGGAGAAGGUGGGGGUGCUGGCAGGAGACUCCCGAGACUCCGCCCUGAGGGAGACGUUCCACCCGUUCGUCCCCGAGCAGCACCUCACCGCCAAGUUCCCCAAGAGCUUCUGGUACUGGAGCUACUGCUACUACCCCAUCUCAGAGGGUCCAAACUGCUGCUCAGAUGUGUCGGUGUCUUUCCAUUACGUGGACGCCACCGGCAUGUACUUGUUGGAGUACUACGCCUAUCACCUGCGUGCCUUUGGCUACAGAUACCGCUACCAGCCGCCGACCCCGAAAGUUUACCGGUUAAAACUCUCAGAUUCCCGGGAUUCUGCCGACAGACUAAAAGACAGGGCGUCGGGAAUGAAAGAGCCCGGGGACGCGGACGAUUCGUCCAGGAUCGACCGAGAGCGCGACGCCGGUCCUCCGCCUGUGGCUGCUAAAGAGCCGGCGGCGGCUCCAGGGUGAUUUGAAGGAGAAAAUGGGUGUUUGCUUUGUUUUGUUUUUUGUGCUUACCCGUUCAUUGUGAUAAUCCUGGCUCCUAGUUGCUCACAAGCAGGAAAUUGGUCCACUUUGAUCCUGAGUUUCUUCCACUUUCUAAGUGCAUUCCUCGAGGAUUAUGGAGCUUAAGGGUCGCCUUUAACGUCAGCAUGUGACUGCAAGAAGCUGAGAUGUUGACUUUUACCUUUUUAUUUUUUUAAAGGGUUUUACGGUUGAUUUUUUUUUUUUUUUUUUUGAGUGAAUAAUCCUGUUUUAAAAUUUUAAAACUUUUCAUUUAGUCGCGGUGUUUUGUUGUUGGCUUUUAAGUCUGCCGACGUGACGGGAGUGCAUCCAUUUCAUUCUCCUUUUACUUGCAAGAAGCUGUCUGACUUGAUUCCACGCGGAGACCUGUACAUCUGCCCUGAAGGGCCUCGUUGCUUCAGGAGGAGCCGCGGGUCUGAGCCGUGACACUUUAAUCGUCAUUUAGAGAAAACCGCAGUCAACGUUUGUGCUUUUCAUUAGUUCUCACACGAGCUACCUCUCAGACUUUCCGUCGACUGCGUUUUCAAAGUCUGAAAGGUUGUCGCUGUGGGAGUCUUUAUCAGUCGCGUUCGUUCAUUUUUAUCUGUUGAGCUUGAUGAAGGAAAGCUUGUUUGUCAAGAACAGGCAUGGGUUGUUUGCUUCUUCCCCGACACGCUGAAGUUUGAAGAAGCGAUUAUUUCAAAACUGCUAAAGUUGUCCUUCGUUCCUGUUGCCAGCCUUGAAGAUCCUUCUGAGGAGACGCCCGUUCCAUUCCAUGCCUCGUCUGAAAUACUUUAUUUAUGAAGCUCUUAUGUUAAAGCGUACCCAGAUAACCAGGCUGUAACAGGCUAUUAUUUGUUGUUUUUAUUUAUAAUUGUUUUUAUAUUAUCGUUUUAGCUAAUUCAUUUUCCUAGUUAAGGUUUGUAAACUUUCAAAAUUGCCUUUUUACUAACAGUAAAAAAAAAAUCAAAAACAAGAGAAGCACCAAAUCCUUACAUUUGAAAUGAGACCAAGUUACAUUUUGACAGUAUGGUGCAUUAAAACGCUUUAAGUGUCAUCAAAAAACCUCCCUAAGGAAACAAAUAUAGCAAGACACCUUUUGGUGACUGUGAAAGUGAACAUAGAAGCCGGUUAAUUGCACUAAAUACAUAUUUAAUGAGGUUUAAAAGUAUCCCCCCCUACAUAUUUCUUCUGUUUACUUUUUUAUUACACUUGAAUAUUUCAGAUCAAACGAAUUUUGAUACCAGAUUUAAGAAGACCUGACAAAUGACUACAUUUUAUUUACCAAGUAGAAAAAAAUGCUAUCCAGUCCAGGGUUUAUCAUUCAGGCCACAGAUUUCACGGCCAUCAUGCUACCGCCGCCGUGUUUUACUGUCAGCAGGCUGAGAUGCCUUCACACCCACUGCAACAUGAGGCAUAUUUUUCAUAACGUUCAUCUGUCAAUUAGUGUCAGGCACCAUCAGAUUACUUCCUGCUUCUUUUCCAGAUUGAUGCUUUAAGUAACCUGGGUCCUGCCACUCCUCCACGACGCCUUCAGAUCGGGCAUGUAAAGAUACCAAAAAACGUUUCCACAGCACCGGGAAUUAAGCGUUGUGGUCCCGGCAAUUGGAAAAGAGAGCAUAAAAAGGUUGAUGCAAAGCAAUAUGCCACAUAAUUGUUAUUAGAGGCAACAAAUGCAGAAUUUACUGGCGUUAAAUCGUCGCCAUGCCUCAGUAAACUAUUUUACGCCACCUCUAUGACCCAACCAAAGUCUAACCCUGAGGGAGAAUAUUCUCAUUAGGGCAGGGUUUAUGUAUUCUUCAUCCUCUGCUAAUGCAGUUAGUCCCAUUGUUGCCAACCGGUUCAGUAACGUUACCAAGCCUCCAGACUGGUUUAUGCAGGUGUGGAAAACUGAAUGGUUGAGGAAGUGGCUGAAUAAAUGAUCUCUCUGUAUAAAUAGAAAGUGAUCUAAUCUGUAGCAGAACAUUUUUUUUCUUUUUAUUUUUUUUCCUGCGCUUCCUGAAACUGCCGCUGGUCGCGUCCACACACGGAUACACGUUGGGGCGGUUCCUGCUUCCUUCACCCCGAGCCGACCCACAAAGAAUGUGCCUUGUGAACUGAGAAUGUACGAGCCAUGAGCUGCACACGCGACUUUGCACUGUGAUGUUACAAAGGGGAAGGUUUAAUUUCACUCAGUCCGUUCACGGCUUGUUUUUACAGUUGCUUUCUUCGGGCUUCAGAUUUAAGGAGGUCACUUGAUUAGAUUUUAUUUUAUUUUUUUACAUGGAUAAACCUUUUCUUUUUUUUUUCUGUAGAGGGUACCCGAUGUGUAAAAGUAUUUCCUACAGUUAAUAAUUAUCUAAUAGAUGACAGAAAUUGAUGACUGGUCAUACUUCCCUUUUGAUUUCUUUUUUUUAACCACUUUUAAAAUGUAUUACUCUGAACCCCUUUAACGAGGUGUUACAAGUGUUUAUUUGUGGGUUCCCCCCCAUUUUUUCCCUUUUUUUUUUUUUUAGGAGAUCCCUGUAAGAUUACACAGGUUUCAGUAUCAAAUCAAACGGGGAUAUUUUAUAAAGAGUUUGUUCUAAAAAGGGAGUCGCUCUGGAUCACGUCUGAUAACCGCUUCAUGGGUUGUUUUUCCGUAACGAGAAGAGCGAGACUCUUUUUGCUCUUUGACAAUCUUGUCGAUACGGAGGUUUUUCUCAAAGGGAAACAUGUACAGUGCUGUAAAGAUAUCUGACAUGUAUUUAUGUUAAGUGUUCACAUUUGAUUUAAGUGUGCACAUCUAAAUGACAAUACGUGGUUCUUUUUUUUUUUUGUUUGUGAGAGGUACUUUAAUCACUAUAAAUAAAAGCAUAUUUUACUGUA